AUGACAAGUUCUGGACUAUCAUGCGUGUCGGAAGUUAUACCACACAUUACUGCUUUAAAAAAAUACUUAGAUAAAACUGAAACUGAGCAAAGAACUCCUGAUUUAUCACAUAUGCGAGCCUCGUUAAAAGCUGAGUUAGAAACUCGUUUUACCUCCAUAAGUCAAGACUCAAACUACUUGAUUGCAACUUAUCUAGACCCUAGAUUCAAAACAAACUACUUGGGGGUGAUUGAAGCUGCAAAAGCACGCCAGGAGAUCUUAUUGGAAUAUUUGAAAAUGUCUUGUGAAGAGUCUUCAAGUAGCAGUUCAUCUUCAACACCGGCUAAAAAGAGUAGAGGAGAGGAGACAGAGCCAGCUGUAUCUUGCAAAGCUCAUGACACAUUUUGGGACUGCUUUGAUGAAGUAGCAAAUGAAAACAACACUGACCAAGUGCAACGUGAAGAAAGAAAUGCGAUAACCUGUGAGCUGGAUUUUUAUCUCAAGAACUUAAGCUGA